AUGGCCGGAAACGCAGGAGCAUCUUCGUCGCGCUGGUACAAGCCCAUGCCUGGGUUUGCGCCGCACCCACCCGCGUUCAAGCACCGUUGGGGCGCCAAGCUGCUCGGCGCAACCAUGUGGUUCUGGAUCUUCUACCGCGCCAAACAGGACGGCCCUGUCCUCCUCGGCUUGAAACACCCCUGGGACGGCCACGACCACCACCACGGCGACCACGACGACAGCCACCACUAA